CUGCCAGAAACGGAGCCGGAAGUGCGCGCCGCUCCGCCGUCACCGCGAGGCGUCGCCGCCUCCGCUGAGCCGACCGCGGCUCCGCCUCCGAACCCGUUAAUUAACGCCUCCAGUUAAUUAUCCGGCCCCCGCCGCCCACCGAGCUCGUUAAUUAAUUAUCUGCGGCCAUGAGAAUCACUCCCUGCCAGGCCGCUCUGGCCGCCGCCAUCGCUCUCAACCUGCUGCUCCUCCUGUGCUCGCGCUCGGCGCCCGGCGCGUCCCCCCGGUGCCGCCGUCCCGGCGGCGUCCCCGGCGUCACCGUCAUCCUCCGCGACUUCGACGGUCCCGACCACGACGUGGCCGCCACCGCUCGUUCCUUCUCCUCCCUCCCCGGCGUCCCCGUCCUGGUGGUGGCCGAGGCGUCCCCGUACCCGCCGGUGCCGCUCCCGGCCGGCGUGGCCGUGCUGUCCCUCCGGCCGGAGCCUCACCGCGCGCCCCCGCGGCCGGAGCUGGCCGUGAGGACUCGCCACGUGGCUCUGGUGCCGGACGGCGCCCGCGCCGCGCCGGGGCUGCUGAGGAGGAUGAGGGACGCGCUGGAGGCCGACGGAGACGCCAAGGUGGUGGCGGCGGCCGUGGGGCGGCGGAGGCCGCGGUGUUUGAGGUUGGAGGUGGACGUUAAAAAGUGGACGGUGAGGUACGGACACGGUGAGAGGGAGAGUGACUGGUGGAGGAGUGACCAGAAUGACCAGAGAAAUGACCAGAGGGGGAAUGAGCAGAAUAACCAACGGAAUGACCGGUGGGAUGACCAGAAUGACCAGUGGAGAGAUGACCAGAAUGACCAGUGGAGAGAUGACCAGAAUGACCAGUGGAGAGAUGACCAGAAUGACCAGUGGAGGGAAGACCAGAAUGACCAGUGGAGGGAAGACCAGAAUGACCAGUGGAGAGAUGACCAGAAUGACCACAAUGACCAGUGGACGGACGACCAAUGGAGGGACGACCAAUGGAGGGACGACCAGAAUGCCCAACGGAACGACCGGACGAGUGACCGGCGGAGAGGCGACCACUGCGGAGCGCUGGACGGGGCCCCGGCCGUGCUGCUCCUGCGGACGCGCGACCUCUUCUCUCUGCCCUUCCCGCUGACGCGCCCCGUGGUCACCUCCCUGUCCCUCCAAGCGUCCGUCCGAGGCUGGCGCCUCCUCCUGCUGCCGGACGCCUUCCCCGCGUCCCGGCGGCCGCCGCCGUCCCCUCACGAGGAGCGCAGAGCUCGCGCCUCCCUGGACCGGCACCGCCGGACGCUGCUGGAGCAGUUGGGGAUCAAGCUGGAAGUGCUGCCGGACGGGCGCCGACGCUGGCACGGCUGCGCCAAGGACACGCCGCGGUGUUUCGGCACCGUGCGCGCCCAAACCCCUCAGUACCUGCUGCAGGGGCGCUGGACGCCGCCCUGCUGCCUGCGGGCUCUGCGCGCCACGGCCCGGCACGUGCUGGCCCGGCUGGAAGAGGCCGGAGUGCGCCACUGGCUGGAGGGAGGGUCGCUCCUGGGCGCCGUCCGCCUCGGGGACAUCAUCCCUUGGGAUUACGACGUGGACGUCGGCAUUUACCGCGAGGACGUCCCCAAGUGCCGCUGGCUGGCGGCCGUGGCGGCCGCGGGCCGCCCGGUGGAGGAUCCCGAAGGGUUUCUGUGGGAGAAGGCGGCCGAAGGGGAGUUUUUCCGCGUUCACUUCAGCCGGACCAACCGGCUGCACGUGGACCUGUGGCCGUUCUACGCGCGGCCCGGCGGGGUCAUGACCAAGGAUUCGUGGUUGGGGCACCCGCAGGACGUGGAGUUCCCCGAGAGGUUCCUGGUGCCGCUGGGCACCGUGGCCUUCGUCGGGGUGCGCGCCAGAGCCCCCAACGACCCCCGGCGCUUCCUGGAGUUCAAAUUCGGGCCCGGGGUCGUCGAGAACCCCGAGUACCCCAACCCCCAGGUCAGGAGGUUGGCGCAGGACGUGGGCAAUAAAAACGCUCGGUGACGUC